UAAAGAAGAAUUCGAUAAGGUGUACUGGCUUCUCAUGAACUUGCGCCAGGUCAUCAACGAUUCGGGAUAUGCGAAGGAGUACGAGUAUGGGCAAUGGGAAGAUCUGAUCAUAACGCAAGAGUCAGCGAAUCUUCAUUACUUCCCGACGAGAGAAUGCGGCCUUGUCAGUUUGAUCGACCUGAGUCUCUUGGAAACACCGUUGGACACACCGGAUCCAACAGGAAUGACACAGUUCCAGUAUAGAGACAUCAAGGAAAGACGUCUGCACGUGGCACAAUUUGUGUUACGCCAUGUAAAUCCGGCGCUGAGACUCCUCGCAGGAAGGGCUGCGUUGGGAUUAGUGGUGAAACCAGAUUCGCCACCUGAUCACCGUGCUACGAUCCAAAAGAUUUUCGCAGCAAGGCUUGGCCAUUACGAAACGCACCACCAAUUGAGAAAGAGCGCUCAAAGAGGCACGGAGAUACCGCCGGCACUGACUGCGCAGGUCAUAAAGUUGGGAACGCCAGUUGCGAACUUUAAUUCUUCGGAAACGGCCAAGAAGCAGCUAAAAGACGUCCAGAAGGCGAUGAAAUUCGACGAUAGCCUGCGACGUCAAGCGCAAAUGCAUGCUCACCGAUGUGCGGAACGGAUCAGAAUCACGAUGGGAACACGAUUCAUUCAGCCGUCCGACUUCGUCUAUGAUUUCAUCCAAGAGAUCAGCGUUAACAAAAGCAGCUAUCGACCGGAACUUGCGCGACAGCCGCAGGACAAUGAGAUGAGUCGACGUGGACGAAGAAACCAGCAGCUGCACUUGGAUUAUGUCGAAUUGUGCAAAAGGUCACGAGACAAUCCAUAUGAUGAAGGAUUGAAAGCGCGCAUGGUCGACGCGAGAGAUCACCUGAUCCGUAUCCAACGCAGACGUGACCGAAAUCGUCACAGUGCUACUAGCAGCCGGAGCGAAGGAGACGAGCUGCAGGAGAGGGAAAGGGAACCUCGAGAUCGAACGUCUGAUCGUAAUGAAAAAGAAAGACGACGUUUCGAUCGGAACCGCGACAAUGGUUCAAAUGAUCAGUGAUGACCUUUAGGGCAUCGCUGAUGUGCUAGUUACGGCCAUCAGUCGGCAGCACGAGAAUGGUGAUAAAGAGUUUUGUUGCAGAGGAUCAAGGCGAUCCGAAAUAUGGGGAGUUACGGAGGUCAUCCGGCCCUCGAAGCAGGAAGAGUAACGGCGCUAACCGGCCUUCCUCAUUACAUUUAAAACGUCACUUUUAGAGUGUAGUUGCGGCCUACUGAGUCGGCACACUCUCGCGGAAUGACAGAAGCCACAAGGGUGAAAAAGAGAAAGAGUUCAAGAAAAUAGGAGUAAAACUUUCAGAUGUUGAGGUUACGGCGAUCACCGGCCUCAAAAGAAAGAGGAGUUACGGCGUUAACCGGCCCUCGAACCUGGUAAGGAAAAGAAAAAGUGCGCGUCAAUUUGCACUACACGGGAAAGAAAAGGAUGUGCGAUCGAAGAAAAUGGUUGAAAAGAAGGAUGACCUUUACAAGGGAGGCAAGCAGAAAUGCUUGAAAGCCAAAAAUCGGCUAAGUUCCUCCAUGACCUUUAAUAUGGAACUCAUUAUGGAACAAUGGAUGACCUUUUGGGAUCGUCAUGGCCCAAACGAGUCGCACAUCAAAGAAAAAGGGAUGACCUUUGAGAACUUCACGGCUCAAG